AUGGCUACUACGCAAGCGCAAAAGUCCGACCGACUUCGAUGCACCAUUAUUGGAGCUGGUGUCUCUGGUAUUCUUAUAGCUUACAAGCUUAAGCAACAUCUCAAUGAUUUUGUCGAUUUCCAGAUUUUCGAAAAGUCGCCAGAAAUUGGUGGAACGUGCUAUGCAUCUUCCCAGGAAAUCCAAGCUUAUCUGAAAGGCGUUGUCAAAUAUUUCGAUCUCGAGCGAUACAUAACUUUCAACUCCAAAGUUGAGUCAGCACGAUGGUCUGAAGAAGCGGGCACUUGGACAAUAGAGUUGAAUGAUGGCACUCUUGUUACGUCUGAAGUCCUUGUCAAUGCUGGCGGCAUUCUCAAUCACCCACAGCUACCCAACGUAGAGGGCCUGUCUACGUUCUCUGGGCCAAUGCUGCAUACUGCCUCUUGGGACUCCUCAAUUGACUUGAGAGGAAAGCGAAUUGGAGUGAUUGGCGCAGGAGCUAGUGCCAUCCAACUGAUCCCCUCAAUCCAACCUCUGGUUAAAGACAUGAAGGUGUUUAUCCGGACACCUUCCUGGAUCGCACCUCCAGUUGCCCUACCAGAUUCCAAUGCGACAAACUAUUUUUAUAGUUCUGAGGAGAAGGAGCGUUUCGAAGGCCAUAAAGACACGUACCUCGCCACGAGGAAAGGUCUCGAAGACCAGUUCAACGGAAUGUUCCGCAUCUUCCUCAAAGCAAGCGAUGAGCAAAGAAACAUAAGGAAUCUUUUUGAAUCCCGAAUGAAACAGCUCAUCCCUGAUAAGAAGCUUCAAGAAAAGCUGAUUCCCCAAUUUGAGACUGGUUGCCGACGAAUCAAUCCGGGCGAAGGAUUCCUUACUGCUCUGCAAAAGUCAAACGUCGAGCCUGUUUUUGACUCGAUUCAAAAAGUCACUUCAAAUGGGAUCGUGGCGGGCGACAAAGAGUAUCUGGUUGAUGUACUGGUGGCAGCAACUGGAUUCAAUACGACCUUUAGACCACGAUUCCCCAUUAUUGGUCGGAAUGGAGUCAACCUCCAAGACUUAUGGCAAGAUGAUCCGGCUUCAUACCUGGGAGUUGGAGUAGCGGGGUUUCCCAACUACCUCAUCUUUUUGGGACCAAAUACGCCAAUCUCCAACGGAAGUCUGAUGGGCUCUGUAGAGGCAACUGCCGACUACUUCAUCCGUCUCAUCCACAAGAUGAUCCGCCAACGCGUCAAGUCCUUUGAAGUUCGCAGCGACGCCCAAGAAGAUUUCAACACCCAUACACAGAAAGCGAUGCAGGAUAUGGUAUGGACUGGAACAUGUAGGAGCUGGUACAAACAGGGGACGAACGGAAAGGUGACUGGUAUCUGGGCAGGAAGUUCUCUUCACUAUAUCCAGGUACUCUCUGAAGAUCGGUGGGAAGACUAUGAGUGGGAACACAAGUCAGAAAGGUACAGUUACUGGGGCCAAGGCCUUUCCUGGAUCGAAGAACCCGACCUCGAUCCGUUGGGUGCCAGAAGGCAGGACAUGCUUGAGGCGAUGACUACCAUUCCGAAAAAAGAUUCUGACUUGAGCUUCUAUCUAUGGAAGAGUGAUCCUUUGCCCGAUGGCUGUAUACCUGAUGUGGGCUUGGACAAGACUACGGCAGGAGAAAUGCAGAGGGGGCAAAGGUUGACCUGGGAUGAGGGUCUGCCUAAGGAUGUAGGCGACGGUCACUUGAAUGACCCUUCAGCGGCUGUUGCAAGUAUUGAUACACACGUCAACGGUACAGUCAUAUCUGCACCUGUUUAG